UUACAAAUUCUAGCUCAGAGAUGCGUAUAAAGCUUGUAGUGGAGGCAGAAAUCUGCAAGAAUCUCAAGUAUAAAACUCCAAAUCUGUGUAAUCUUGGCUGCUUCUCGCUUCUUUUGGCUUUUGUCUUAUUGUGCAAUUUAGCAGAAAAGGAGGACGAGAAAAAGUGAAAUUAUGUUAAAGAAUGAGUGCUCAACUCAUCCACGAAGUUCAAAAAUUGGAGAAAUUCAGCGCAGCUUCUGUUAAAUUCAAGGGAAAAAAAUGGUGGAACGCCAAGCCUGAGGAAUGCGAGAGCUCAUUUGGCCAUAACUGAGUUCUGAAAAGGUAAGAGAAUAUAAUUAAAAGUUUGUGGAAUUCUGCUGAAAUUGGUUGAAAUCCUUCAACUUGAUCUUCGAGUAAAAAUCUCAAAUUCAAAGGAUAUAUAAGUUUUGUUUUGGUGAAGAAACGACUGUGGUGAAACUUAAAGUGAUUGCGCUAAGGUUUUGCGGCGUCCCGCGGUAAUCGGCCUGUGAAGAGCCCUGGAGCGCUGUGCUGUCUGAAGGUUUGGUUAUAGUGAAGUCUUUCUGUUUGUCUACAUCAAAACUUGCUGGGACUUCUUUUGUGAUUAGGCGAGAAUUGGUGCAGAGGGAAUAUUUGAAGUUGUCGUAUUGAUAAUCUAAAGAGGUUUGGCGAGUCUGCUGUACUUUUUGAAAAAUAGAAUUAGUACUUUGUGCAAUUUUAGGGUUUGAGAUUGAAGUUUGUCAGAAGACAGUAAAUUUUGCUGAAAUUUUAGGAAGUUAGGUGAACGGAUUGUUGAAAUUUGAAAUAUUUUCCUCUGUGCAAUAGGCAGGUUGUUGAAAGCUCGUAAAAUUUACUUUUUGGUUUUCAUGUUGCUUUUCCUUGUUAAAUUUUGAAUAUAAUGAGAUAAAUUGAGAGCUCCGAAUUGCGUCGGGGAAAGCAGAUUUGGUUAUUUUUUCUACGGAAUGGAAAACGGAUCAUCGGAGAAAAGCAAGGAAGAGAGAAGGAAACAAAAGGAAGAACUCAGUUGUGUGAAAAUAUUCGUCCAGUUCGAAAGGAUCUACCGUGGACCUCCAUCAAUUUGGUCUUGUGUUCGACCGCCUGGUUUUGAUCCUUGAUUAUUUUCCACUUUUCAAUCCAUGCAGUUGCAGCGAGAAAUUCACCACCAGGGUGUAAGUCUACAAGCUCAGACUAAAGCUGAUUGAGUUGAAAGGAUUUUUGUCUUCUAAUAAAUGUAACAUAAGGCAAAUUUGUUUGAUUUAGUAUGUGUCUCCUUGCACACUAAAUUUCCAUGUUCCUUUGGCCCUUAUUGGUUUAAUCAAUGUAAAGCCACUAGUCAUAGUGCCCUCAGCUAUAUUUUGUGAGUUUAGCAAGAAUCUUGUUUCAAUUUGCCUGUUGUAAAAGCAGUUGCUCUCAAUAUUGGUUUUGUUACAAUGGCUAUGUUUACUGGCAAUCCUUCUCUACACAAAACCAUGGCAGAGCUUUCGUUUCACCAGCAAUUUAGAAAAGAGCAGGUGUUGUCCUCAAGUGGGUUUUCUCUUCCGAAUUCUGUAUCUCGAUUUACAGAUAUCCCAGCCGGUGCAUUUCCUUUUUCUUACAGAAGGCAAUCAAAUUUGGCUGUUUCAUACUCCAACAACAAUGUUCCCGAGGUUGUGGAUGGAUCCAGGUUCUACCCACAGUAUUUUGCUCAAAAUGGGGGUUCUUUGGUGCUGGACUGUAGCAGAGGGGAGCUCGUGAAUGCUUCAAAGUUGACUUUGAAAGAGAUUUCAGAAGCAAAGGCCCUUGCAGCGUCAAAGAGUCAUAGUGAAGCUGAAAGAAGGCGGCGUGAAAGGAUCAAUUCGCACCUGGCAACAUUGAAGAGCCUUCUUCCCAGUAUUACAAAGACGGAUAAGGCUUCCCUACUUGCCGAAGCUAUUAAACAUGUCAAGGACUUGAAGCGCCGGGCUGCUGAAUUUGCCAAGACAGGUCCUCUACCUAUGGAUGUAGAUGAACUGCAAGUGGAAGAAGAUGCUGCAGCUGAAGAGGGUAGGAUUCUUAUAAAGGCAUCUCUAUGUUGUGAUGAUCGCCCUGAUCUUAUGUCUGAUUUAAUUCAAACUUUUAAAACCCUGGGUUUGAGAGCUAUAAAGGCAGAAAUUUCCACCUUGGCAGGCAGGGUGAAAAAGGUGUUUCAUAUGACUAAGAGUGAAGAAAAAUCAGAAGAAAAUCAAGAAAUGGUGUCAAUCAACUACAUACGUGAAGCUUUGAAGGCUGUGAUUGAGAGGGCUACUGCAUCUGGUGAGUCGUCUGCAAGCCCAAUCUCAAACAAAAGGCAGAGGAUUUUACCAUAUGAUGGUUGAGGUGCUUCAGGUUAAUUCACAGCACAUUAUGUCCUCUACUAGUAUGAGUGUUGUCUUCAUAGAAGUCCGUGGCUUUUCUUUUUUGGUGUUUGAUAUGUGUUUUGAAUUUUGCAAAGUCCAGAGCACGCUCUAGCAUGUUCUGAUAUGUAUCUGUUUCCAUUUAAAUCCUUAUGCAUAAUGGAAAUAAUUGCUGUGAUACCACAAACAGUAACUGAGAGUAAAAAGAGUCGGUACCUGACAGGUAAAAUGAGGAAUGCCUAUUUGGAUUGUGCUUUUGUAUAACCAUAUCCAGCUGAUCAUUGGAAGUUGGAGCUUGCAUGGGUUUGUAUAUCCAAUUUUGAUUGUUGGAUGAUACAUUACUGUUGAAACAAAUCCACUAUAAAAAAGACUCCAUGUAAAAGGUUUCCAUAUAUUGUUAUUUGCUAUUUUAAUCCAAA